AUGGAUGCUGCCAAUGAGUCUUCAGAGGGAGGCCCAUUCAUCCUUCUGGGACUGACAACAAGUCCUGGACAGCGGCGGCCUCUCUUCAUGCUAUUCUUGGGCCUGUAUGUGGCAGGCAUCCUGGGUAAUGGACUCAUUGUGGCCGCCAUCAGGGCCAGUCCAGCCCUGCACAUACCCAUGUACUUCCUGCUGGCCCAUCUGUCCUUUGCUGACCUCUGCUUUACUUCCGUCACUGUCCCCACGAUGUUGGCCAACUUGCUGGCCCAUGACCACUCCAUCUCCCUAGCUGGCUGCCUGACCCAGAUGUACUUCUUCUUUGCCCUGGGGGUAACUGAUAGCUGUCUCCUGGCCGCCAUGGCCUACGACCGCUACGUGGCCAUCCGACAGCCUCUCCGCUAUGCCACAAGGAUGUCCCGGGCCGUGUGCACAGCCCUGGUGGGGACCGCAUGGCUGGUGUCCCACCUCCACUCCCUCCUGCAUAUCCUGCUUAUGGCCCGCCUGUCCUUCUGUGCCUCCCCCUAAGUGCCCCACUUCUUCUGUGACCACCAGCCUCUCUUAAGGCUCUCCUGCUGCACCCGCCACAUCCAGCUGCUCAUCUUCACUGAGGGUGCUGCAGUGGUGGUCGCUCCCUUCCUGCUCAUUCUGGCCUCCUAUGGGGCCAUUGCGCUGCCCUCAGCAUCUGGGAGGCUCCGGGCUGUAUCCACCCGUGGCUCCCACCUGGCAGUGGUCGGCCUCUUCUACGGGACAGUCAUCACAGUCUACGUCCAGCCCACAUCCCGGUAUGAGGCAGAGCGGGGCCGUGUGGCCACUGUCAUGAACACCAUAGUCACCCCCAUGCUAAACCCCGUCAUCUACAGCCUCCGGAACCGUGACGUGCAGGGCGCACUCCGAGCCCUUUUCACUGGACGAAGGAUCUCAGUUGCUGACUCCUAA